CGCCAACACGCCACAGACCAACACGCCACAUGCCAAAAUGCCACACGCCAACACGCCACACGCCAACACGCCACACACUGGACAUGCCUCACAGAGACUGCCCCCCACCUCCACCCAGAUCCCCCAACGCCACAGCAACCUCACCCAGGCGGCCCUGGCAGUGCACACGCAAACCACCCACAACCCCUUUCACAGCCGCCACCAGCAGACCCAGGCAGCCCUGCUGCACUCCGCGGGCCAGACGAAGGCGCCCCCGCCCCCCCCCGUGCUGCCCCUGGCCCAGUUCCAGACCCUGCCCAGAGAGCGCGUGCAGAAGCCAGACCAGGGGCCGCACCCUCUCCACCCCCCCGUCAACAUGCCCCCAGCCCAGAGACAGUCCCAUCCACACCGUCUCCCUGGCAACAUCCACAGACCCCACAGACCCCACCCUCACCCCCAUGCCCACACCAGCCAGCCACACCCUCGCCGCUAGCCCUAUGACCACCUCCAUGCACAUUCUCACACCAGGGACAGGGGAACCCAGGAGAACCUAGGAGAACCCAGGACAACUCAGGAGAACCCAGAAGAACUCAGGAGAACCCAAGACAAUUUAAGAGAACCCAGAAGAACUCAGGAGAACCCAAGAGAACUCAGGGGAACUCAGGAGAACUCAGGAAACCUCAGGAGAACCCAGGAGAACUCAGGAGAACCCAGGAGAGUCCAUGACCUGUGGCGGGGGAGGUUCUGGCUCGCUGACCCAACCUCUUGGCGUCUCCAUGGUGACGAGGGAGAGAAGACGGUGGACGUGUUUAUUUGGCUGCUGUGUUCAGAGUCUCUUGUGUUCAGAGUCUCUGGAUGCUGAUUAGAGGGAUUGUCCUCGUGCUGAACAGGAAGUGCUCCAGUAGCUAUGAAGGGGACCCGACGAGGGCUUAUUAAUUAAGCACUUUUAUGUGACUUAAAUGACUCGGAAAAUAAUCCCUACGGUGCGUGAAGGAGGAGAGAGAGAGAGAGGGGGAGAGGGAGACAGUUCUGUUUAAACAGUGUGUGUGUAGCCGACAGCGGUCUUACAUGCUCUGCUUCUGAAUACAAAUACACAGUCCAACUGUCUGUGGCUGACUGCUGCAGUGUGUGUUAGCUAGUGUCUGUGCUGUGCAUAUCCAACAGUGUGUGUUAGCUAGUGUGUGUUACCCAACAGCUUGGGUCCGACUGCACCCAUUUCAGUAGAUGUUUUAUGAGUCCACAUGUUUUAUUGAAUAUAAUAAAAUAUUUUGAUGACC